CAUCACAUUUCACUGUUGGUUGUGCUCCACCAAAGAUUAACAAAUGGGAGUGGCCUCGGUUGUACAAGCCAGGCGCUCUUUGGUCGAGCAGAGCAGAGGAAUCGGGGCCAGUCAAGGGAACGAUAAGCAGACGGGAAACCACAUUCAGAGCACGCGGCCGCUGGAACAGAGCAGUCACCCGGCGGAGGGGAUGUGAGAACAGCCAGGCACUAAACGAAACUGAGGGGCGAGAACACAGCCACUGGCCAGAAGAGAGCCGCGAUGCUCCCUGCGUGAGGCCGCUGUGUCCGGAGCCUCUGCCAUGGGAGUGAAGGAGGGACCUGGGGCUAGGGGGAGAGCCUCCGACCGGAGGCCGGCCUGGCCCAUGCUGCUGCUGCUGCUGCUGGCCGCCGUCACCACCUCCCUGUCGGCGGUGGCCCUGAGCCAGCUGCUGGCCCUCAGAGCCGACGUGGACGCCCUCAGGUCAGAGCUCUGUCGCAGGAGGGAAGAGCAGCAGGAGGGCGCGCACACGACCCAGACCUUGGAGCAGAUGGGCAGCAGGCGGGGGGGCCCGGAGCAGGCGGGGCGGUCUGAGGCUGUGGCCCCGGGGCCCAGGAAGAGGAGAGGGGCCUCUGGGGGCCCGACGGCAGACCCCGUCUCUCAGCCGUGCCUCCAGAUAAUGGCCGACAGCAGCAAGAACAUGUUUCAGAAAGAGUUUGCCGAGGUGCUGCACAGCGCCAUCCCCUGGCAGGCGGGGCUGAGACGAGGGUCGGCCCUGGAGCUGGUGGACAACCAGAUCGUGGUCAGGGAGGAGGGCUUCUACUUCGUGUACAGCCAGGCCCAGGUGUACUACGUGGACAGGACCUUCGUCAUGGGCCACGUGGUGGUCCGCAGGAAGAGCACGGUGGUGGGGGACGAGCCGCAGGAGGUGGUCCUGUUCCGCUGCAUCCAGCAGAUGAACGCCUCCAACGCCUACAACACCUGCUUCACCGGGGGCAUCGUGCGGCUGGAGGUGAACGACCUCCUGGAGGUGCUCAUCCCUCUACCUGUAGCCAACAUCUCCCUCGGCGGGGCCAACACCUUCCUGGGGGUCAUGAAGCUGGCCUGACCCCAGCUCCCUGGGGGUCAUGAAGCUGGCCUGACCCCAGCUCCCUGGGGGUCAUGAAGCUGGCCUGACCCCAGCUCCCUGGGGGUCAUGAAGCUGGCCUGACCCCAGCUCCCUGGGGGUCAUGAAGCUGGCCUGACCCCAGCUCCCUGGGGGUCAUGAAGCUGGCCUGACCCCAGCUCCCUGGGGGUCAUGAAGCUGGACUGACCCCAGAUCCCUGGGGGUCAUGAAGCUGGCCUGACCCCAGCUCCCUGGGGGUCAUGAAGCUGGCUUGACCCCAGCUCCCUGGGGGUCAUGAAGCUGGCCUGACCCCAGCUCCCUGGGGGUCAUGAAGCUGGCCUGACCCCAGCUCCCUGGGGGUCAUGAAGCUGGCCUGACCACACCCUCCACCCCUUCUCUUUGUUAGGUGAUGAACUUUGGGACUUCUGAAGAAACUCACGCCUGGAAAAAGGAUUUUCCUCCAGCGCUGUCCGCCUACAUGACAAGCAAUUCCUGCUAGAGCGUACAGACGGACCCUUUUCAAACUCGUCUCCAUGUGCUGGAUGUGAACGGCAUUAAUGUUCUGUUUUCAAAUGAAUAUACUACUGCCGUGACAUCAUAUAAGUCAUCAAUCCUAUUAAAUCACUUUGGCUCAUUUCUUAAGAAGUAUUCAAGUUCUACCAGCUGUAAGUACACUUUCACAACAGUUUUUUGGGAUCACGCAACUCUUUCUGCAACUCUUCUUUGCUCUGCUUUGUUGACACUGAUUGCUUACAGUAAUAUAUUAUAAUAUUAUAUAUAUAUAGAAUAUUUAUAACUAUGUGUAAGUGUCAGCUCUGUCUCGCUGAAAGCUAUUGUGUAUCACACGCAUUCGAUUAUCAGUGUGUAAAAGUUGACCUGAAAAAAUCACCCCUUCAAUACUGUACACAGAAACAUGAUAUGGACAUUCGUACUGAUGUGAUACCUGUUAACAGAACCUACUUUAUUUUAUUUUUUUUACAUAUUUCUUGCAUGUAAUCAUAUAUGGUGAGUGGCAAAACUGACAAAAUGAUAAAAAAAAGUGCAAAAAAUAACAAUGAAAACGGCUGCUGAAGUUCUAUAAAAAACAUAAGUCCUCCUCCAAAUAAAUACGAACUUGAAAUCUGGUUAGAAGGAGGAAAGUAAUAGGUCAGAGACUUUAACCGUGGUUUUACUUUAACUAAACCGUGUUCCGAAAUCCAUACUUCCAUGAGUACACUUAAACGAAGUACACUAUCCGCACUUACUUAGUGCGCUAAUUUUCAGAUGUCAGUGUACCAAAUCGAAUACUCCUUGGUGCACUAACCAGAAAUUACGAUCACGACUGCCGCCGCGGCUCCUCCCCCGCAAUAAAAAUCCCACUUUUAACAGUGAACUCUUUACUAGCAGCUAUAAAAAGCUAUAAAAACUACAAAAUGACUAUUAAUGCAGGCUAUGUGGAAAAUGCGCCGACUUCGGCUCAGCCUGGCUCCGCCCUCUUCCGCUACGUAGCUAAGAUGGCUGCCGUUGAGUACGAAAAGUGUACAUUGCCACACACUUGCGAUUUGACUGUUUUUAGUAGACCAUCCAGGUCCUUUCAGUACACUUAUUUUCGCCCGAUCUGAAUCGGAACGCCCUACGUACUCAUACUUAGGCUACUAAGUCGGAUACUAUGGAUAUUGGGACACGGCACUUCUUUACGUCAAUCUAUACAGGCUGCAGUCUUUGAGUUGAAAACGCGAACAAACCUGUCUUUAGAUAAUUUAAUGUAAGGAAAAGUACGUUUACUUCAUUUAAUCUAAAAGAUGUUGGGACUGCAGUGAUAAUCAACUAGCCGUCAGAGACUCCCCUGCUCGAGGGUUAAGUCAGUCCGUCGUCCUUCUAACAAAGGAACAUUGUAGCAAUACUCUCAUUCAUCAUUCAUCUCUUUAAUAUGCUUUCGGUUUCGGAGUUCUUCGGUGACCUUCAGUUGACCCACUUUCUCGAAUAAACGGAAAAUGACUUCUAGUAAUUGUCUUGCGUAGGCUGCAGACUUGGCCUCUGCGGUGUUUAUGGUCACACGCUGUUGUCCAAUAGAUUAAAUAUUUUGGACCCCCCCAUAACCCACGUGUUUAAGUUGACCCUAACCUGUUACCAGGGGCGAUUCUAGGUUCUGACUUUUUGGGGGGCUUAACCCCAGGAAGCCUCACGGGUAUUCGAAGUAUAUAAAGUCUUGUCCAAGAUUUUUUAUUCCACAACGUUUAUUUUCUUAAUUACUAUGCUGUUGUAUGUCUAAGCCAAUAGCAGGCAGUGUCAGCUAAAUAAUGCAGUUCUGAACCACUAAAGUGAUGAAAGGAAAAAAUACUGUUUGGAUGAAGGAAUAAUCAAUGGUUGUGAACUGUAAUAACAAAUUUGAGGUAUAAUUAAUUUCCUUCGUGUAAGUUUCCCUCAAAAAUUACCAUAUUUUCCCCUUUUUUUUAUUUAGACAGUUACUGAAACACAUUGGUACAACAUGUACUAGAUUAAUAAUAUGAGAAACAUACCACUAUUUCGGGAGCACUAAACUGUGUUGCCUCACUUUCAGGGACCAAUAAAAAAAUUUAAAACUUC